GGCUAUCCUCUUACGGAUUACCACUUAGAUUAUGCCAUAUGGUCAUGAAAACAUUUUGAGGUUAAUCUACCGAAAAUUUUAUUUGUAAAUAGUAUUUAUUGUUAAUAUUUAAGAAUAUUUUAUAUUGAAAAAUGAGUGUAGAAGUAGAAAAUGUUGAAAAUUUAAAAAUAUCCGAAAAAGUGGAUAAAGAUGAUGAUGGAGAUGUUGUGGAUCCAUGGAAUGUAACCAGUAAAUCGGAUAAAGGAAUUGAUUAUGAAAAACUGAUAAAGCGAUUUGGUAGUUCGCCCAUAGAUACAGAAUUACUAACACGUUUCGAAAAAGUCACAGGAAAACCAGUACAUCAUUUACUAAGAAGGGGUCUUGUAUUUUCACAUCGUGAUAUGCACACUAUAUUAAAUAUGCAUGAAACUGGUAAAAAAUUCUUUCUAUAUACGGGUCGUGGUCCAUCCUCGGGAGCGAUGCAUGUAGGUCAUUUAAUCCCAUUCCAGUUUACGAAAUGGUUACAAGAGGUAUUUGAUGUUCCAUUAGUGAUACAAUUAACUGACGAUGAAAAGUUCUUAUGGAAAGAUUUAUCAUUAGAAGAAGCGAAUAGAUUAGCGUACGAGAAUGCCAAAGAUAUUAUUGCUAUUGGAUUUGAUGUGAACAAAACAUUUAUAUUUUCUGAUUUAGAUUUUAUUGGACAAUGUCCAGAAUUCCAUCGUAACAUCCUUAAAAUACAAAAACUUGUCACAUUUAAUCAAGUGAAAGGUAUUUUUGGAUUUGGUGAUAGUGAUGUUAUCGGAAAAAUAGCAUUCCCUGCUAUUCAAGCGGCUCCAUCAUUUUCAUCAUCAUUUCCAUUCAUCUUUGGUAAUGCUAAAAUACCAUGUUUAAUACCAUGUGCUAUUGAUCAAGAUCCUUACUUCCGAAUGACACGAGAUGUUGCUCCUCGACUAGGAUUCUUCAAACCGUGUUUAUUACAUGCACUGUUUGUUCCCGCAUUACAAGGUCCUCAAACAAAAAUGUCAGCAAGUGAAUCAAAUUCAGCAAUAUUUUUGACGGACACACCGAAACAGAUAAAAAAUAAAGUGAAUAAACAUGCUUUUUCUGGAGGACAACCGACACUAGAAGAACAUCGGGAAUUGGGUGGUAAUUGCAAUGUUGAUAUAUCUUAUCAGUAUUUACGAUUUUUCCUUGAAGACGAUGAACGUUUAGAGCAAAUUCGUAGUGAUUAUACGAGUGGAAAAUUAUUAACUGGUGAAAUUAAGAAAAUUCUAAUUGAAACGUUACAACCAAUUAUUCAUGAGCAUCAAGAACGGCGUGCUAAAAUCACUGAAGAUAAACUUAAAGAAUUUUUCACAAAACGAAAAUUAAAUUUUUAACGUUAAAUGAAAAUUAUUAUUUUUUAAAUUAAUUUAUUUCAAUGCUUUUACAAGUGCUCAUGGUAUUUAUUUUUAACGAAAGAGGAGAUAUAUGGCACAAAGAUUUGUAUUGAAGGCCAAAUUUUGGAAAAUUGACCGAAUUCACUAUGAAUUUUAUAGGACGGGUGAAAUGGUUUAUCUGUUAAGCAUAUUUUUUCUUUUAAAAUACCGAAUACUAAAUAGUAUAUUACUUUAAUAGUAAUUUGUCACUGAAUUUCUACAACGAAUUAUCACAACUUACCAUGGAUCACAUGCUCUUUCAUAUGCAUUUUUGAAAAUAGAAUGAGCACCCGUACACGCUUAAAUUAAUAUUGUAGCUUUGUUAUCGUAUCAAUUUUUAUGAAACUUUGGAUUAUCAUUGUUAAUAAUGAAAGCGUGUAAUGUUUGGUAAAUCUUGAUGCAAUAAUUAAGCUCUGGAUGAUGGCCAGGUUAUGAACUAAGUAUUUAGAAUUUGUAAUUUAAGUUUUGCAAUAAACGUAAUAAAAGAAA